ACGAUGUUGAGCAAAUCUAUCAUUGCGGCUGCUGUUUUGUCAGCAGCCCCGGCAUUGGCCACUGGCACUGCUAAGUUCAACGCUUACUGGGGUCAAAGUGGUGAUGAAAACCAGCUACUCAGAGACUUCUGUGACACAACUGCCCUGGACUAUAUCACACUCGCUUUCAUCAACCAAGCACCCAAAUCCGUGGGCGCCUUGCCCGGCUCCAAUUUCGCUGCCCACUGUUCUGAUGCCCACUACGACGGCUCGUCGCUUCUCAGCAGCUGCACUUACAUCCGAGAGGAUAUCACUUACUGCCAAGCUCAGGGCAAGAAGAUUCUCCUUUCUGUUGGUGGUGAGUACAGUGCAGAGUACAGCGACUAUAGCCUGCCAGACAACGAGACUGGUGAGUGGUUUGGUGAGUAUCUCUGGGGUGCUUUUGGCCCUUACAGCUCAUCAUGGGCGUACCAGCGUCCAUUUGACUACACGAACGCCGCUGGUGAACUUGUGCACGUGGAGCUUGAUGGUUUUGAUUUCGAUAUUGAGUACAACUUCGCAAACCAACAGCCAUAUGUCAAGUGUAUCAACAAGCUUCGCGAAUUGAGCCUGGGCCACGGCACGAUCCUCUCCGCUGCUCCUCAAUGCCCCGUCGACUCGGUUUCGAACCCGAACAAUGAAUAUUUCCAGAUGCGUGACAUCUUCAAAGGGGCUGCCUUCGACAAGAUCUGGAUCCAGUUCUACAACAACGCCCAGUGCGACGGGGAUAACUUUAACCUUGCCGCUUGGGCUACUUUCCUUGCCGGUACUGUAAACUACCAGGCCGAACUCUACGUUGGUCUGCAGGCUAUUGCUGGUCAAGAGGGUUACAUUGCAUCCUCAGAUAUUGCUGCUCUUGUUACUAAGGCCAAGAAGGUCAACAACUUCGCUGGUCUCAUGGUGUGGGAUGCCAACUACGCUACUGUGAACACCGGUUCCAGCGGCAGCUACCUAAAUGAUUGUGCUUCUGCUGUCGGAAAGACUGUGACCACUAUCCCUGUGUCGUCCACUACCUCCUCCAGCAGCACCUACUCCGCUACCACAGUUAGCACUACCGCCACCUCGAGCUCCUACUCUGCGACCAUCACAUCGAGCACAUCUUCCUCCAGCAGCUCUUCUGCCUCAACUUCUUCUAGCACUUCAUCCUCGAGCUCUGAAUCCUCAAGCUCGGCUUCUGCCAGCAGCGUAUCUAGCUCGGACUCUUCAAGCGCUACAUCCUCGAGCUCCGCGUCCUCGGCUUCCGCUUCUUCCGCCUCUUCCAGCUCUUCCAGCUCUUCCAGCUCCUCAAGCUUGUCUUCUGCUACCACCACGUCAAGCUCUUCUUCGUCCAGCAGCUCUGCCAGCUCCGUAUCCUCCUCCAGUUCCUCCAGUUCCGCUUCUGUCACCGCCAGCCUCAGCUCGAGCUCGUACUCUGUGAGCAGUACUGAUAGCGCUAGCUCUGCUAUUACCGGCAGCGCUUCGUUGUCUUCCACCUACAGUGCCUCUGCCACUACCUCGACUUCGGCCUCCACCAGCGAUGAUGAUGUAAGUACUUAG